AUGUCGGACGCGGAUCAGGGCUGGAAACCAAACGGUCGUCCUCAGUCGACCAUGGCACAGGCCUUCUCAAGCACACUGGAUAGCCUCUUCGCACUGGACUCGGAUGUCCAUCACCUUGAACAGACUGUCGAUGAGAGGAAAUUUCAAAUGAUGAUUCAAAGCCGAGAACUGGAAGAACUUCAGGCGAAAAUUCGCGCGACCGAAGCACGCUUGAAAGCACGGAAGUCCGUGAUCUUGGAUGGAAGCGGUCCCAGGGAUGGGGGAUACCAAUCGACAGAAUCUGCGUCAUCGGCAACAUCUCCAACGGACACGACAGGCCACUAUUCCAGCGGGGAUGAGCAGCGGCAGCAUAGCCAGACCCGCAAUUCAUGA